UUCAGUCCCACUGAAAAAACACACAGUACUUUUAUAUGUACACUGUCCUCUCUCAAGCCCACCACCUUCUUCUUCUUCUUCUUCUUCUUCUUCUUAUACUCUCACUCUCAACCCCUCCUUCUCUUCAUCAAUGGCUUCUUCUUCUUCUUCUUCUGUUCUUCUUCUCCAAUGGCUUCUUCUCCUUUUCUUCAUCUCAUUCUCUCACUCCAUGAACCAACAAAACCAACAAAACCAAACGUAUAUUAUCUACAUGAAUCCUUCUCACAAAGCUUCACAUCAUCCAACUCUAACUUCAUGGUUUCAGUCUCACUUGCUCUCACUCUCACUCUCACCUUCCACUCAUCUUGUCUACUCUUACUCUCCUCUUUCCCAGCCUUUCUCUGCUCUCAUCCCUGCUUCUCAUCUCCAACUUCUUCUCUCUCACCCUUCUGUUCUUCAUCUCCAUCCUGAUCCUUUUCUUAAUCUUCAUACCACUCGCUCUCCUGACUUUCUUGGUCUCCCUCACACUUCUCCUUCUUCUCCGGCAGCCAGUCUUGAUGCCACUGACGUCAUUGUUGCGGUUCUUGACACUGGCGUUUGGCCGGAAUCCCCAUCUUUCUCUGACUCCGGCCUCCCACCCAUUCCUUCUCGCUGGCGCGGCCGCUGCGACGCCGGCGUAGACUUCUCCCCUAAACUUUGCAACCGUAAACUCAUCGGCGCUCGUAGCUUCUCCCGCGGCUUCCACGCCAGUGGACGAGACAGCCAGAGAGAGUUCGAGAGCCCCCGGGACCGUGACGGGCAUGGAACUCACACCGCAAGCACCGCCGCCGGUGCUCUGGUCGCGAAUGCCAGCUUGUUGGGAUACGCGAACGGGACGGCGCGUGGAAUGGCGACCGGCGCUAGGGUUGCUGCUUAUAAGGUUUGCUGGGCUUCUGGUUGUUUUGGUUCUGAUAUUCUCGCCGGCAUUGUUGCCGCCGUUGAGGAUGGUGUCGACGUGAUCUCGCUCUCACUCGGAGGUGGAGCUGUGCCGUACUACCGUGAUGUUAUUGCCUCGGCGGCGUUCGCUGCCACUGCUGCCGGUGUGUUCGUCGCCGCUUCCGCUGGGAACUCCGGUCCUGAAAUCGCUUCUCUCGCCAAUGCAGCUCCUUGGCUCGCCACCGUCGGCGCUGGCACUCUCGACCGUGAUUUCCCCGCUUCCGUUUCUCUUCUCAACUCGUUGGAGAUCCAGGGUGUCUCUCUCUACGCCGGCCGUGGUCUGGGGAACGCGGUUCUCCCCCUCGUUUACGGUGGUGGCGCUGGGAGUAAGGGAAACAGCAACGCUAACUCCAGCCGGCUUUGCCUCGCCGGAGCUCUGGACCCCGCUCACGUCCGGGGAAAGGUGGUACUUUGCGACAGGGGAGUGAGCGCACGCGUGGAGAAGGGGUUGGUCGUGAAGCAAGCCGGCGGCGCCGGCAUGGUGCUGGCCAACACCGAAGCAAGCGGAGAAGAGCUAGUGGCCGACAGCCAUUUACUGCCGGCGGUGGCGGUUGGUCGGAGAGACGGCGACAUCAUCCGUCAAUACGUUUUGAAUGCUAAGAAACCGAAGGUUUCGUUGAGUUUCAAAGGGACAGUGCUCGGAGUGCGACCGUCGCCGGUGGUGGCCGCGUUCAGCUCUCGUGGCCCUAACGUCGUCACGCCGGAGAUUUUGAAGCCGGACUUCAUUGGCCCCGGCGUUAACAUCCUCGCCGGCUGGUCGGGAUCCAUCGGACCAACAGGCUUGGCCAAAGACACUCGCCGGACAGAGUUCAACAUCAUGUCUGGGACAUCAAUGUCAUGCCCACACAUCAGUGGCCUUGCUGCAUUACUCAAGGCUGCACAUCCAAGUUGGAGUCCCAGUGCAAUCAAGUCUGCUCUUAUGACAACUGCAUACACUGUUGAUAACACUGGGUCCUCACUCCGUGAUGCUGCCGAUGGAACUCCCGCCACCCCAUUGGCCUACGGUGCCGGCCAUGUCGACCCUGAGAAAGCCCUGUCCCCCGGCCUCAUAUAUGACCUUACCACUGAUGACUACAUUGCUUUCCUCUGCUCUCUUAAUUACAGUAUUGAACAUGUCAAAGCUGUCACCAAGAUGCCUAACAUAACAUGCUCACGCCGGUUAUCAAGCCCCGGGAAUCUCAAUUAUCCAUCUUUCUCCGUUUUAUUCAAUCCGAAGUCACAUAGAGUAGUGAAGUACACCAGAGAACUCACUAAUGUCGAUGAAAAAGGGUCUGUCUACAAUGUGGAUGUUACGGGACCGUCAAACGUACGGGUGAUUGUUAAACCGACUAAGCUUGUUUUCAAGAACGUCGGGCAGAAGUUGAAGUAUAGUAUCACAUUCGUAUCAAAAAAAGGAGGCAGCACGACGAAGAAGAAUAUGGAGUUUGGUUGGCUCACUUGGAGUAACAAGCUGCACCUUGUUCGCAGUCCUAUUGCUUAUACAUGGCAAACAUUUCGACCAAAAAUUCAGGUUUGAUUUCUGACUCACUUUAAUUUGUGAUGAGUUUCUGCUUUGCCUGCUGCACAUUGAGAAUCAAUGUGAAGAGCUUCUGUUUCUAAGAGAAUUGAGUGCACUCUUUCACUCAAUUGAGAUAAUUGCUUUAUGGUUUGUGAUUUCUGAACUCUUUUGUGUAUGAUUAAUUACAUGGGUGUGAUCAGUAAUUGUUUUCAAGAGAAUCAAACUUGUAUCUUGAAAAACUUGUCUUGCUGCUUCAUUGUCCAACACUUCAAGCAAUAGUUAAAGCAGUCAAAGUACAUCUCUUUAAAAUGGUUUCUUUUUCCAGGAAUCUUGAGGUUAGGACCAUUAGGUUUCUCCUUUGUGAUAAAGUGAAAGAUUUGAUACUAGUUUUCAAAAUGUAUCCCAACUACUCCCCUACCCGCCUUGACAUUAUUAGUCACAUUCAAAUCUACAGUUAAAAUUCAGUUUACUGAACUCCAUCUACAGUAAAAAUGUUUGUC